AUGACAAUCAUGCCGAUGUCGGAUUCUAGCUGCACCAUACCGCCUAAAAGUGCGAUAGCCAGCGUGGCUAGGAAGUACGACCUGCUAAAGCAUCAUUUUGCAAGCAGCUCUUGGAGGCUUCUUACCGUUGCAAAAUCGUAG